AUUUCUUGACAAAAAAACGUUAUUUGCUUCCUCAUAAAACAUUUCUAUAGAUUGAUCAAUACUUUCCGAUGUUCUGUACAUGGGUUUAAACAAGGUUUUAGUUAUGCAGAGGCUUAGAUCAAGACUGCAUUUACCUUCUGUAUACGUAGGCCUAAAGCAGGCAGGAGGAUGGAGACGACCCCUUACUACACAAGUUUCUGAGAUAGAUGAAAAUAUUGUCUCUGCGGUUGUAUUCGAGAGAUUGCCAGUCAUUCUUCCCAGGCUCGAUCCCGCCCUUGAAAAGUUUCAACAGUUCUCGUUCCAAUGGCAGCAUCAAUAUCGUAGAAUAUACCCAGAUGAAUUUUUGCAGAAACCCAUGACAAAGGAGAGAGAAGAGCGAGCAGUAGAAUUUGCGCCAGCUCCAAGAGUUACAGAAGCUGACAAGUCAAAUGACAAAAGGUCACUACACAGGGCACUAGAUCGCAGACUUUAUCUCAUUAUCCAUGGAACUCCAUAUGGUGCAUCAGGAGAUAAUCCUGUAUGGCACUUUCCAGAGAAACUGUACGCUAAAGAAGAAACAUUGCGUAAGUGUGCAGAGUCUGCCUUACAAUCUAUAAUUGGAGACCUCUCGAAUGUUUACUUUGUUGGCAAUGCUCCUUGUGGCCAUCUCGUUGUACAAUCCAAGCAAUCUGGGCAUAAAGAUCCAUCAAACUUCAAGGGUCAGCGCUUUUUCUCCAAAGCACAAGUAAUUGACUACCAGAUGAGCUAUGAUUUCCUUAAGUGCAAUGAUUUUCUCUGGGUGAGUAAAGAUGAACUGCUGGAAUAUUUUGAUGCGGAUGAACAGCAAUAUUUAAAGAAAAUGCUGAUCCAUUAAAUUCAUAUUGAAGGCAUACCUAUUUUUACGUGCUACAUAUUUAGCAGAUAGGCUAUAUUGUGGGGGAACCCCACCAAAUUCGUGUGAUGUCUCACACUGACAAAUUUUUUAUUGGUUUUCCAUUCUACGUUUGGAGACCGCUUACACCGCUGCAAACCCACUGAAAAGACUGGAUAUUGUUUCUGUAAUUUUGACUUCCAAAAUAUAGCAAUUUAAGUCAUUUAGCGUGUAUGUUCAAAACAACGGUACCUUCUUUCGCAAGGAAUGUAUUUUGGAAGCUACAGAAUGAAACAGGUAAAGCAUUGGACAUUUUUCA